AUGUCUGUUCAAGAAAAGGCACAAGCUCACCUGUCGCAGCUCGACAAGGAGCUGUCGAAAUACCCCACCCUGAACAACUUCGAGAAGCAGACAUCGGUGCCCAAGGUCUACGCCAUCCUUGGUCUCGUCGGCCUGUACUUCUUCCUCGUCUUCUUCAACAUUGCUGGUGCCCUCCUCGUAAACCUCGCUGGCUUCGCCAUCCCCGCAUACUACUCGUUGGGCGCCCUAUUCAGCGCCAGCAAGGUCGAUGACACCCAGUGGCUCACGUACUGGGUGACUUUUGCUUUCCUCACGGUUUUUGAGAGUGCCGUAAACGCUGUUUAUUGGUUCCCCUUCUACUACACCUUCAAGUUCGUCCUAGUCCUCUGGAUGGCUCUUCCCCAGACUGCCGGUGCCCAGAUCAUCUUCCGCUCCUUCAUCCAGCCGGUCUUCUCCCGCUACUUCUCCGAAUCCGGCUCGACCGCCGCCAACCUCCGUGCUCAGGCCGACUCUGCUGGCAAGCCGCAUGCUUCUUAA